UCGCCGAUUGUGGUCCACGUCCUGAAGCACGACAAGUUAUGUUUGGCUCCAAGGUCGGCCUUACAUUGGGACUAUAUGGCCGUAAUGCUAAUGUCGCGGUGCAGUAAAUGCCCGGGUUUCUAUAGCGCUGGUUUUUGUGGUAUGGUCCAGUUGGGACUGAGAACCUGCGGGGUUAAAAUAGGGGGGAAUUGUAUUUAUUAUUGAUUAUACCAAGUACAUUUCUGAAUGAGUUCAGAGAGUCGUGAUCUUUAACGGUGGUUUUUGUGCCGGGAUACGGUUGUAUUUAGACACCGUUUUGUGGGCGGCCUCGGGACCAAACGUUGACCGCGUUUUCCCACGUAACCCCCGCUGAGAGUCUUGUGCUGUGACCGCUCUUGUACACCAAGUGACAUGCUGGUUUAUUUUGGCUUGCAUGAUCCUGUCAGGGCUGUCAAAAAAAAAAAAAAAAAAAAAAAAACAGUGUCUGGAGACCUACAAUCUCUGUGUUUUGGUCGAUUUGAGUGCAACUUUGCUGAGAAAUGGCUGCUGCAGUGCUUUUAUUGUUGCAGCUUUUUCCCCACACAGGCGUGUCUAGUGCAUAAUAUGACUUUGAUAAAGCUUUGACAGCAGAGGCUCAAUCAUCCAUUCAUGAGAUACACAUUGUUUAUAAUAUACAGGCAGAUGGUGCACCAAAAUAUGGCGUCCCUGGCUGUCUCCAGAGUGAAGUGAUAGGCGACGUGGUUGGUGACAGGCCUGGCACCGUGCUGCCAUGGAGACCAAGCAGGAACCCUCCGCUGUGUGGAGUCAGACUGCUACCAGUGAUUCAGGCAACGGCACACAGGUACAUUUCGAAGGCGGCACAGUGGCCCAGAUAGUGUACAGUGGAGAUCAGGCGGACCGGGGACAGCAGCAGGUGGUUUAUACAGCAGACGGGAACUCCUAUACCUCUGUAGAGUCUGCAGAGCACACGCUGGUUUACAUACACCCUGCAGAUGGCACUCAGACUGUAUUUGCGGAUCAGCCGCAAGUAGCGUACAUUCAGCAAGAUGGAACAACACAACAGGUCACAGUCCUGCUGCCCAGUGGACAGAACAUGAAUGCUGCCAACCUGCAUGUUCUCAGUAAUGUCGCAGAGGCUCCCCAAGCCAUCCUGGAGCCAGUUUCCCAGGAGCAGCUGUCUGCGUCCAAUUCGCUUCCCUCCAUGGCUGACAUGGCAGACCCCCCCACCAGCCCCCUCGGGGCCACAGACUCCACAGACGAUUCUGACGAAGAUGAGGAUGAAGACUCAGAGAUGGAUGACUGGGAACCUCGCGAGCCUCAGUCGUUCAACCCUCACAACCUCUGGUGUGAGGAGUGUAAUAAUGCCAACCCCUCUGUGUGUCUGAAGCACGGCCCCCUGCACCCCAUCCCCAACCGGCCGGUGAUGUCCAAGGCCCGGGCCAGUCUGCCGCUGGUCCUCUACAUCGAUCGCUUCCUGGGCGGGGUGUUCUCCAAGAGACGCAUCCCAAAGCGCACACAGUUUGGUCCUGUGGAGGGACCCCUGGUUCCUCAGAGUGAACUGCAGGAACACUACAUUCAUCUGAAACUGUGCAUGCUGGAUGCAGAGAAAGAUGGAGACAAGUCUAACGACAUGUGGUUGGACCUUUCCGAUGAAGAAAGCUGUAACUGGAUGAUGUUUGUAAGACCUGCUCAGAACCACCUGGAGCAGAACCUGGUGGCCUAUCAGUACGGCUCAGAGAUAUUUUACGCCACCAUCAAGAACAUCCAACCAAAACAAGAGCUCAAGGUGUGGUAUGCAGCAUCAUAUGCAGAGUUUGUCAAUCAGAAGAUCCAUGAUGUUACGGAAGAAGAGAGAAAAGUGCUCCGGGACCAAGAGAAGAACUGGCCUUGUUAUGAGUGUAACCGGCGCUUUGUGAGCUCUGAACAACUGCAGCAACAUCUCAACAUGCACGACGACAAGUUGAACUCUGUCACCAGAUCCAAAGGACGCGGUCGAGGAAGAGGCAGAAGGAGAUUUGGGACAGGAAGAAGACCGGGACGUCCUCCCAAAUUUAUACGUUUGGAUCCCCCAGUAGACGCCGGAGGUGACAAGACGACAGAGAUGCUGGAAUUGACGGAGAAGCCGCUGGAGGAGCGAGUGGAGGGAGCUCAGAACGGGUUGAAGGUGGUGGAGAUGGAGCCGGAAGUGGAGGCUGUGACUGAGCCAGAGGGCCAGCUCAUACCCCCUGCAGGGGAACCGGUCCCAGAGCCCAUCACCCCCCCAUCCAAUACAGACCUGUCAGUUCCACUAAAGGAAGACCCGGCACAGAGCAGCCAAUCAGACGCCCACCUCACAUCUCAGGAUAUGCGCCGUGCCAAGAGGAUACGGAAUGCAGCGCUGCAGCACCUCUUCAUCAGGAAGAGUUUCCGUCCAUUCAAAUGCACCCACUGCGGCAAGGCCUUCCGGGACAAAGACAAGCUGGAUCAGCACCUGAGGGUCCACGGCCGCGACGCCUACGCCUUUUCCUGCCACAUUUGCAGCAAGAGCUUCAUGAGCGACUCGGCCCUGGAGGACCAUCUGGUGGUGCACACGGAGAACCGCUCCUACUCUUGUCUCUUAUGCCCAGAAACUUUUGAAAGGCUGGAUCUGCUCAAAGACCACGUAGGAGUGCAUGCUGUGGACGGCUGCUACACCUGUCCUUCCUGCAAGAAGACAUUUACUGACUUCAUCCAGGUGAAGAAGCAUAUCCGCUGCUUCCAUUCAGAGAAGGUCUUCCAGUGUUCAGACUGUGAAAAGGCCUUCUGUCGGCCGGACAAACUGCGUUUGCACAUGUUGCGCCACUCUGACCGCAAGGACUUCCUGUGCUCAACAUGUGGCAAACAAUUCAAGAGGAAAGAUAAGCUGCGGGAGCACAUGCAGCGCAUGCACAAUCCUGACAGAGAGGCCAAGAAGGCUGACCGAAUCCACCGCUCAAAAACCCUCAAGCUGAAGGUGCCCACCACCGACUUUGAGAGCUUCAUGUUCAAAUGCAGAGUGUGCAUGAUGGGAUUCAGACGCAGAGGAAUGCUGGUCAAUCAUUUGUCCAAACGUCAUCCAGACAUGCGUAUUGAUGAUGUGCCUGAGCUAACGCUGCCAAUUAUCAAGCCCAACAGGGACUACUUCUGCCAGUAUUGUGACAAGGUGUAUAAGAGUGCCAGUAAGAGGAAAGCCCACAUACUGAAGAACCACCCCGGGGCAGAAUUGCCUCCCAGCAUCCGUAAGUUGCGUCCAGCUGCUCCUGGUGAGCCAGACCCCAUGUUGAGCACACACACCCAGCUCACUGGCACCAUCGCCACUUCACCAGUCUGUUGCCCACACUGUGCCAAACAGUACAGCAGCAAGACUAAGAUGGUUCAGCACAUCAGGAAGAAGCAUCCAGAAUUUGCUCAACUUGCCAACACCAUCCAGACUCCUCUGACUACAGCUGUCAUCAGUAGUGCUCCUGCAGUCAUUAGUGCAGAUGGUACCACAGCUGAGGCUGUAGUGACUACAGAUUUGCUGACCCAGGCCAUGACAGAGCUUUCUCAAACGCUGACCACAGACUACCGCACAGCGCAGGGAGACUACCAGAGGAUCCAGUACAUCCCCGUGUCUCAGGCAGGAGGCAACCUGUCCCAGCCGCAACACAUUCAGCUGCAGGUGGUCCAGGUGGCUCCGGCUUCCUCUCCACAUUCCCAGCACCCGACAGUAGAUGUGAGCCAGCUGCAUGACCCUCAUGGCUACAGCCAGCACUCCAUCCAGGUACAACACAUCCAGGUCACCGAGCCCUCAGGCACUGGACAAGGUGCCACCCAGGUCACAGGUCAGCCUCUUAGCCCCACCUCCCAGCAGCCCAGUCAGGAGCUGAGCCCCACCCAGAUGACCCCUGUGACUUUAGCUCAGAGCCACACCCUGCAGACCAGCAGCACCCAGCAGCAGCAGCAGCAGCAACAACAACAACAACAGCAGCAGCAGCAGCAGCAGCAGCAGGGGACGGUGCAGCACACUUACAUACCUGGGAACUGGAACUACAGAGGCUACCCGUCUGAGAUCCAGAUGAUGGCUCUACCUCACACGCAGUAUGUGAUAGCUGAGGCCAGCACGCCUGUAUCUGGAGUCAACAGCAACCAGGUGAAAACGACACACUACGUCAUCUCCGAGGGUCAGACUGAGCUGGAGACCAAACAGACUGUUCCUCAGACUACAACCCAGGCCCAAACUGAACAUCUGGAGCAACAGCCGACCAAUCAACAAGCCACCACGCAGUACAUCAUCACCACAACCACCAACGGCAGCGGCACUAGUGAAGUCCACAUCACAAAACCGUGAACUGUACAGUGAUGAACUCUGCAAACCCAGCGCAGACCCCGCAGACUGAUCCUGCAUGUAGACCUCAGCAGCUUGUACGCACUUGAAUGAACAAACACAUGUGAUAUAUGCACAUGGAUACAGACUUGUGUACAUACAGAGUUAAAAUGGGGAUGAAUUGAUGACCAGCACAGUUUUAUGUGUCUGUAAAGUGUUGAGAUAUUGAAUGAGGUGAGAAAAUAAAGUUAGUCGAGAGAAAAAUGCUUUGAUUUUGAACAGAAUAUUUAAACAACAAAAGCUAAACUAAACACACACAAAACUGGAAAGUGUGGAAUUUGUUUCAGAAAGAUUUGAAUUGAAACUGAGUCUGAAGUGGUGGAAAAGUUUUGUUGCUCAGUCCUUUUACAGGUUUGAGUGCCCAUUUUACAUAUUUAUUAAGUUGCAGACAUUUCUUCAAGCAAAGUAUUUGUAAAUGAAAGUGUGGAAAGAAAUUCUGAAGUGAAAACUGUGGAAAAAUAUUGUAUAAAACUAUUCUCAGUUGGCCUUAUGUUUUUGCCCAAUGCAAGUACCCAACACACCGUCUGUUAUAUUGUAUGUUACCAUGUUGUUGCUGAUAUCUGAUCUGAUAUCUUUUUAUUAUUUAUUGUCCUGAUUUCCGUAAAAUCUUUUGUGUUUUUUAAAGUGAUAUUCAGAAAAGCAAACAUAAUCAUUUCAACUCGUCCAAGACUGGCUGCAUGCUACCAAGGGCUUUGGGUGUCCGUUAUGAAUGUUUUACUUUGAUUUAACGAGGAUCACACAGUUCUCACAGAUACAACAGAGCCAAAACUUGGGGAUAAUUUUAUUUUUUAAAGUAUUUAAAUGCUCAUUUUCACUAACUGGAUGAACCAGAAAACUAUUAUUGAGGAGUAAGAUUCAUUGAAGUAAGUUUCAAGUCGGUUUCACCUCUGAGGUGUGAUUGGAUGUGUCAGAAAUGUGCUUUUGUUACACCUGUAAGCACACCCAAUAGUGAUGUCACAGAGUUCUGCAGUACACCUGUACAUCACUGCAACAAGACGAGGAGUUAAACCACUGGAGGUCAGAAAAAACAAGAUUUUUGAAGGGUUUUAUGUUACUUUAAAGAAGAAUAGAACAUGCAUUUCUUUCCAAGACACUUAGGAGUAAUAUGUUCAGUACUGAGGUUAUUUUUUAAACGAGAGCAACACAACAACCAGCAAACUGUCCAAACCCUACAAGUUGUUUUAUUGAAGCUUGAAGCCAAAUGCAAAAUGUGUUUUCCUCAUUAACUCUUUUGAAGGCAAAUGACUAAACGUUAAAAUAUUUGGUUAUAGCAUCAAGUGGACUUGAAGGAACUCAACAUGAUACAGCAUAUUCUGCUGUAUUAAUCUGUUUACAAACCUACAAAUAUAUUGCAAGUGCUUGGUUGGUACUUAAAAGGCAGCAAAUAAUUUAGGGUAAAAACCAGCAGGAGAUACCUCAGCAUGUCUCAUAUUUCCUUCACAGUAGUGUAAGAAAGAAGAAUGUACCUCAGCAGGAAGAGUGCAAAUCUUGUGAUAACAAAAAAUACCUGUCCUACUGAAGUGUCCAUUAGCAAGUUAAAAAAGUACAUAAUGUCUUAGAUUGUCAUUAAGUACUUGUACAAAAAACUCCCCAUGAUACAGGUCAAUGCACUGAAUUAAGGCGGGUGUAAAAUGCUAUUAAUGUGCCCAUUAUUUAUAUUGGUCUAUGGCGAUGGACAUGUACAAAGUAUAGUAUAAAUAUGAGAGUUUGAUCACGUACAGCGAUUCCUAUUGUUGCAGGUGAUUUUGUCAUUUUGUCCUUGUGUUGAGAAAUUAAAUUCUUUUAUAUAUGUA